AUGUUUAAAGAUUUACCAAUAUUUAAUGCAGCCUUUAAUCCAAGUGGUGAAGAUAUUGUAGUAACAGGUAGAAAAAAACACUAUUAUAUUUAUAAUAUUGAAAGUGAUGUGAUUGAAAGACCUAGAGAUAUUCAUGGAUUUAAAGAUAAAUCACUUGAGAAUUUUUCAAUAUCACCAUGUGGAAAAUAUAUUGCAUUUGCCGGAAAGAAUGGAUACAUAGCAUUGAUAAGUUAUAAGACAAAACAAUGGAUUACCAGUUUGAAAGUGAAUGGUUUAGUAAAGUCAAUUGAUUGGUCUAGUAAUGGUCAAUAUUUAUUUUCUCUUAGCAGUGAUGCUGAAAUUUAUCAAUGGGAUGUUGGUAUGAGAAAAUGUAUUUAUCGUUUUUUGGAUUAUGGAGGUUUUAAACCUACAAGAAUAUCCAUAUCAAAAAAUGAUUGUUAUUAUUCUAUUGGAUCAAAUACUGGUGUUGUAAACAUUUAUGACAAAUCAUGUUUAACCAUUAAAGAACCAAAACCUUUGAAAUCUUUUAUGAAUUUGACAACUUGUAUCCACGAUAUGAAAUUUAAUCAUGAUACACAAAUAUUAGGGAUUUCUAGUCAUUCAAAGAAAGAUCAAUUAAAAAUGAUUAUACCUCAUAUAAUUACUAUUCUAGAUACAACGUUUUUGGAUGAUGUUUUAUCUGUUGAAACAGAUUUUACUAGGAAAUUAAAUCUACUUAAAGCUAGCCUUAAGAAAAAGAAUAAUAGCAAUAAACCUGAAUCUACUACAUAA